AUGCGUCUGUUGCUAUUGCUGUCAUGUAUUGCCUUCGUUUGGGUUGUAAGUACCGCACUACCUGCUGACAAGGAAGCGAAGGAAAACCCCGUUACAUUAUUGGAUGUAGCCGAUGCUGGUCAAAAUCAUGCAAAGAGUGCCGAACGCCAGACUAGAUAUUAUGGAUAUGGAUAUGGUCCAGGUUGGGGCUGGGGUGGCGGUGGAUGGGGCUACGGCGGUGGUUGGGGUUAUGGUCGUGGAUGGGGUUAUGGCGGCGGCUGGGGCUAUCCUGGCUAUGGCUAUGGCGGUGGUUUUUAUGGCUAUCCCGGAUGGGGCUUUGGCUUUGGCUAA